UAAAUAGCUGAGGGAAGCGUUCAGGUCUCGCAGUCCCUCCUCAAGACAGCCCAGGCACAAGUUUCACUCCUCAACUUCAACGAUAACCACAUCUGUAUCUGCAAACUCACUCAGUAACAAGCAUGGAAAGAGACAUGAACGUGAGCAGCACUAGCAGUGUGGUGCACUGGCUAGCCAGCCUGACCCUAACCCUGCUUGGGAGUGUCCACCCCAUGCCUGUGACCAUAGACCCGGUGUGCACGGCAGACACCACUGCCAAGUACAGCCUGACAUUUACAGGGAUGUGGAGCCAAACCUCCUUCCCUAAGCAGUACCCAAUCUACCGCCCCCCUGCCCAGUGGUCCCCUCUCAUUGGGGUGACCCACAGUUCAGACUAUCAUAUCUGGCAGCGGAAUGAGUUUGCAAGCAACGGGGUAAGGGAGUUCUCUGAGAAGGGUGAGGCCUGGACUCUGAUGAAGGAGGUGGAGGCGGCUGGGGAACGCAUCCAGAGUGUCUACGGGCUGUUCUCUGCUCCAGCCUUGGUUGGGGGAACGGGCCAGAUGACCUCAGAGUUCGAGGUCUUUGCAAGGCACUCUUUUCUAUCCUUCAUAGUGCGGAUAGUUCCCAGCCCAGACUGGUUCCUGGGAGUGGACAGCUUUGACCUGUGUGAGGGAGACCAGUGGAAGGAGAGUGUCACACUGGAGCUGUACCCCUACGAUGCAGGCACUGACAGUGGCUUCACCUUCUCCUCUCCCAACUUUGAGACCAUUCCUCAGGACAAAGUCACACAGAUAACGUCAUCUUCUCCAAGCCAUCCUGCCAACUCUUUCUAUUAUCCCCGUCUGAAGAAUCUGCCACCCAUGGGCAAGGUCACCCUCACAAAGACCAAGAACAACCAGAUCUUCAGCAUACCCAUGGAGCCCACCCAGUUCAACCAGACUGGCAAUGAGAUUGGCAAUGAGAUUGAGGACUCUCUCAUAAAUUCCACCCCUCUAGACUGUGAGGUGUCUGCAUGGUCACCCUGGGGCCUGUGCAAAGGCAAAUGCGGAGACUCAGGCGUGCGCCACAGAACUCGCUACAUUCACCUACAACCAGCAAACAAUGGGGUAGUCUGCCCCCCACUGGAAGAGGAGAACAAAUGUAUCCCUGAUAACUGCUUAUGACUGGCCGGCAAGAGUACGAAACAGAAAAGAAGAGGCCAUGCAAGACGACAAAGAGUACGAAAGAUGCGUCCGUCAUCUCCACUGGAGAAGCCCAAGCUGUAGAAAUUGACCCUUUUCUCGCUGGGCUUCCUAGCCUAUUCACUGGGAACAGUGGGGCUGGUGAGGAGAGGACGGUUCAAAGUAAUGGCUGGAAUGGAAUAGAUGGAACAGUAUCUAACCAUUAGAAACAAGUGUAAUACCAUUCCAUUCCAGCCAUUACUAUGAGCCCGUACUUCAAUUUAAAGUGGCACCAGCCACCACUGACUGGGAAAGAUUUAUAAAUGGGUCACAGACAUGCAAUUAUUGUGAAGCCUGAGGAGUGAAGAGGUUGUCUAGAAACUUUGCCCUUAGUUCUUCCUUGUGAUUAAUGUUUCCCUAUGUCAUUGGGUUUUCUGCGGUAGCUAGCCAUGAGUCUGAAAAAUCAUUCUUAAAUUCAAAUCUGGACCUGGAAGCCAGUUACACUGUUUUUUUCUCUUUCUUCAUUCCUCCCCUCUAAUCCAGGACUGAUUUAGACCUGGGACACCAGGUGGGGCCAACUAAUUAUCAGGUAGAACAGAAAACCAGCAAUACUUCAGACCUUGCAGGGUAAGAUUUGAACACCCCUGUUACAGAUAAUCAGCAGUGUUGGAAAAAGUACCCAAUCAUCAUACUUGAGUAAAAGUAUAGAACGUCACUUACGUAAAAGUGAAAGUCACCCAGUAAAAUUUUACUUGCGUAAAAGUCGGCACCAUGUUCUUGUUUUUAGCCAUGGGCAAACUCCAACACUCAGACAUUAUUUACAGACAGCCAGGGGCAAACUCCAACACUCAGACAUUAUUUACAAAAGAU